CCUAGGCCAGCUUUCCUACCGCUCCGCCCUCUUCCAGGUUGGGCGCCUCCCACGCGAAGCGGUGGAGCCAAAAUGGCGGCCAAGCAGGUCACCAAAUGGGCAGCCUUUCCCACAGUUUUAGCAUGGACUUCCACUCAUGCACUUGGUGCAGCCGAAGGAGAACAGAAAUCCCACCGGAUUAAAGUACAUCAGCUUCCCAUUUACAGUGCCCCACCUCUGGAAUCACGGUACAUUGACGAAAAGCCCGGCCAGCUGCAGACCAGGAUUUCAUCUGUGAGAAAGACGACAAGUUAUUACGUAAAGGGUUGCAAGGACGCUUACCUCUUCGUCAAAAACGGAGUCACUGCUUCGCUACAGUUUGGAAAAGAUGCGUAUGUUUACCUGAAGAAUCCACCUCCGGAAUUUCUCCCCAAAAUUGGGGUGAUCACAGUUUCAGGACUGACUGGAAUAGUCCUGGCCAGGAAAGGAUCUAGAUUCAAGAAAAUUGCUUAUCCCGUGUGCCUGGGCUCACUAGGUAUAGCUCUUUGCUAUCCAGCACAGUCGGUGAUUGUUGCAAAGGUUACAGGUAGCAAAGUUUACGCCGCAAGCCAUAAAAUGUAUACAGUUGUAGGAUCACUCUGGACCAAAAAAUCUUCCACAGAAGUUCCAGUUGCCCAGGAGAAAGAUACUCAGGUACAGGAAGCCUCACGAGUCGAUCAUAGCCUCCCAAAAGCACAGGAGGCCUCUGUAGAACCAAAGGACCAGACAGAAACCUCAGAGGAACCAACCCAUAAAGAGAGGUCAGACGCCCAGAAAGAUUUUGAGACUUUGAUGGGUGCAAUGAAGAUGCCAAAUGUCAGAACAGAUGCAUUGAAGGCACCCACGUUUAAAGCAGAUGCAAGCCUCAUGGACUACGGACAGGCCAGCCCAGAAGAUGCAGAUCUGUAUAGUAAGAGAAGUUAAUACCCUCCAGUUUUCCUCAUGGGACUUUAAAAACAGGUGGAAGCCCUAUGCAAUUUGCUCACAGGUCUAUAUGGUGAUAACGGAGUCAGGUUGCAUCUUAACUCUUGUUCUCUUGCCAAUUUUCCCGUGCAAUUCUUAAAUCUUUUUUUUACUCAUUAGUGCCACUUCGGAUUUUCAACUGGUUGAAAGUAUAAUUGGUCUCUGGGUGUAAAAAGCAAGAAGCUUCUCAAGUGGUCCUUGUUGCCAAAUUAGUGAAAUAAUGUAAAUAACACAGGAUACCGUGCUGCUUCUAUUCAAAAGCUUGCAAUAAUAACAUAUUUAAACCACA